UAGCGCUCAGUGUAGUUCUGGUGGUCGCGAUCGUCGGACGCGAAUGGCUUAAGUGUGCAGACCCGCGAGAGCGCGCGAGUUUUAGUGAGAGUUGACAUCGAAGCACGAAAGGCAAAAUAAAAAAAACGCAGCUUGUGGUGGUGUUGUGUCGACAAGGUUGGAAUUUAGGUGAAGCCCACAAAAUCUUUAAUUCUGUGCUCAUUUCUGGUGAAUCUCGGCAGGCUGGGAAAAAUAUUGGACCAAUUUACAGAUUUCAGUUACCAGCAACGUCGAAAUUUGUGGUUAAGGUCCACAUAUCAUCCCUUAUUACAUAUCAUAGACGAAGAAGCAACAUUGUACGAGUGUCAUAGUGGAGGAAAAUAGUGACUUCUGACGGCAUAAAUUUACAGCGCUCAAGUUCAACACCUCAGUGUCCUGCGAUCGUUUGACAAUCAAUAUGUGAAAAAUGCAAGUGAUCCACGUGACAUCGAUCUAAUCGCGUUAAAGUUUGGUGAGUGAUGAAGGGAUUGGGGAUGAUCUGAAGCCGAGAAGAUAAUUAAAUUGUGAGUGCCGAUUGCCAGAAAAGAGAAAUUUAAUUUGGUAGCUCGAGAAAGCAGGAGGGAGUGUAAACUGUGAAUUAAAGAGCGCUCCAAACGAGUACACGAUGGGGAACCCAAACUACGGUUACAUGAGCCCGGCGUGGCAAUUCAACGCAUUGAAAACUACUUCGCUGCUAAUUGGGAUGCUCUUCCUCUCGGGAUCUAUCAACAAGGUUGCAUCGCAGGAUGCAGAAUUCGCUCCGCACGUAACGGCCACGUGCAAAUCGGGCUCCAUGAAUAUACGAAUCCAGUUCACCGCCCCCUACAAUGGAGUUGUUCACGCUAGAGACUACCGAACGCCAGCUUGCAUGACGUUCGGAAAUGGGUCAGCCGUGGUCGGGCUGAGCCUCAAUCUGCUGGCCAAACAGGGCAACAGCGAAUACUGUGGAAUUCUAGUCAGUAACGUCAGCGGAGGAGAGCGUUCCGAGGAGCGAUCUGUUCAACUGGCCGUACGAGUUCACAAAACGUUGGAGCUAGCCGAUGACAAAUUCUACGUUAUCACAUGUGGCAAAACAGGAUUCGCUAGGGAUGACAACUCUCCUGUGGCGCUCAAGUUCUACGAAAACGAACGUCGGGUACAGGAAACUGUAUACGGUCGGAGAUACACGGUCAAGGCUGAGGUUACCCAUCCCAAUGGAACUCACGGUAUACGAGUGAGGAACUGCUUCGCUUUCAACAAAAAGAACAAAACGAUCGUUUUAAUUGACGAGCGAGGGUGUCCUGUUAUGAACAGUGGAAGAUACAUCAUGACGCGCUUCCGUACUGCAGCCAAUGGAACAACGGCAACUGCCAUGUUGAAUUCCAUGUUCCGGUUUCCUGAAGGUUCCGAAGUUCACUUCCAGUGCGACGUCGAUCAGUGCAAUGGUCUUUGUCCGGAUAUUGACGAUAGUAUGUGCGCCCAGGAUUUGAGCACCUACACAAAGUCUGGACGAGCGAUAGGGCAAACGGACGAAGGAAUGCUAUUAGCAGCUACGACAGUGUUUGUGCUGGAUCCAAUAGAUGCAAAACCUCUUGGACCGCUUUGUGAUGACAGUGGCAUCAGACCACAUUGGCUGCUGUGGCUGACGAUUGCUCUAGCCGUUUUGUUCCUCAUUAUGCUGUUGAUGAACAUCUUCCUGUGCACAGCAAUGAGCUGCAGCUGUGCAAGAACAGAGAUCAUCGAGAAGGAGCCCUCCAUAAUUGAAGAAUACGAUCCUUAUCGAAGCUGGCAUGGUUCGCAGUACGGAUCGCGCUAUUCGCUGCAUGGUCGUGACGGCGGUCACAACAAGGGCUACACCAGUGGGGGCAGCACGAUACACUCGAAUCGAUCCCUACCCAUCGAUUCUGACCAUUAUGCGAUAGUACACAGUCGCCCCGGAUCGAGGCAUUCCGGUUUGCACGGUCAUCGGCCUCGAGGGCCGCCAAGCAAUAUGUAAAUUAGUUUCCGAAUCUGUACUAUUCUUCUCUAAUACUGCCAUCCGAUCGAGGCAAUCAAAUAAUUCGCCUAGAACACUGCACGGAAUCAAACAGUGUUUCACUUAACAAGCGUCUAUCUCACAAGAACAAAGUGCACACGACUUUCUCCUGAAAAACUUUUUAAAAUUUAUCUCCUAAGCAUAGCUUGUGGAAGAUGUAAAUAAUUGGAAAUUGUGAAAUCAUCACGUUAAUUUUAUGGUAACUCUUAACGAAACUCGAUACAUGUUUUAACAAGUAGUAAAAAUCAGUUAAUCUGUAACGAAAGAUUUCAAACAACAAACCGCAACAACUACUAAAUCUGCAAAAAAAAAUCUAGACUGUUAGUUUGGUUCUGUAAUUUUCAGACAAAUUUUAAAUAAAACAUAUUUGAUGAUUUCUUCUAUGCAAAUAACGUAAGCAGUAGGGAAAAGACACUUAACGUUUAAGUAACAUGUAAGUGCAAAAUUGUAAAAUAAUGAUAAAUAAAAAGCUAAUAAAUAACACAA